CUGGAUGGACCCUUAAAUAGAUCAACCUGAAGCUGUCAGUGCUUCAGUGCUGUAGGAGAAUCGCUGUUUGACAGCAAAAUAUUUCAACAAUAGGACCAUUUCUGUUCCAGACGUGCAGCAAUGGCUGAUGUCUUCAGAGGCUUAAACCUCCUUGAAACCCUUAAGGAAUCUAUUGAAAGCAAUAGGUUAUCAGAUGUUAAAGACGCAGUGGAAGACCUCCUUAUCAGCAGGAUCAAUUUGGGUGUGGUGGGGGACCGUGGGGAAGAAAAAGCCUCCUUCAUGAACUCCCUCCGUGGUCUUGGGGCUGGCGAUGAGGGAGCAGCUCCUUCUCCAGCCUCUGUUGCUCCAGAGGGUGUAGCAGGCUACCCUGACCCCAAACACCCUGACUUUCGCCUGUGGGACCUGCCACCUGUUCCAGACAUAUCUCCAUUUGAACCAGAGGGAUACAUGGAUAGAUACAAGUUCCUCCGCUACAAUGCAGUCUUUAUGACAUCCACACAGACAGUCCAACCCAAGAGUGUAGAUGUUUUCUUGGAGGCCCUUUCCAGGCAGCGACAAACUGUGUAUUUCAUUCGCUUAGCUUCAGUUAAAGACUCAGAAAAGAUCCUGGAAGAAAAAAAGAAAGCCAGUCUGGAAGUGCUGAAAUCAAAGGGUAUGGCACAGCCUAAAGUUUACCUGGUUGCACCAGCUGCCCUGGAGAAGUUUGACUUCCCUAUUCUAUUAGCAGAUAUGAGUAAUGAUCUUCCAGAGAUCCGAGCACACGCCCUUGUCUUAGCUCUACCAACACUCACCUCAGCUCUGGUCACUCAAAAAAAGGAAGCAUUUAAAGCACUAGUAUGGGCAGCUGCCUCACUGUCAGGUGGGGUAUCAGCAAUUCCUGUUCCCCUUGUUGCAUCUAUGGUGGACUCAAGUAUAGGAGUGCGAAUCUUGACCAAAGCACGGUUAUCUCUUUGCCUGGAUGAUGAAUCCGUGGAGCGAUUAGCCCGACAGCGAGGCAUGGAACCUACAAAACUUAAAGAGUUACGAAACUGUGUGUUGUCAGUGGAGGUUAGCAAGGGUGAAGUGAAAAGGAGGUUGGCGGCAGCAGAGAAGGACUUGGCCACAGUUUCAUCGAAGCUGCUGGAGAUGGCGAUGCCUAGAAAUGCCCGUUCGGUCAGCCGCUCCUUUGCUGCUAUGCUGCAGGCUUUAAACAGUGCUAUUGAUGAGAUGGCAGCUGAUGCUCAAAACAUACUAGCGGCUGCUCAUGCAAAGGGGAAAUGAAGGCAAAUGUUUGGGGUUUUUAUGUUAUGUUCAAAAGUGUAUAUUUUUCAUUUAUAAUACAAAAGUACACUGUUAACACUAUGUAAGCAUAAAUUCUGCAAAUAAAAAGCUUUAAAUAGA